AUGGCAGAGGGCUUCUUCUUCUUGCUCCUUCACUGUGCAUUCAUUGUCACCAUCAACGGUAGCCCCAAAGGAGCAGCUCCUCCAAAUUACAUUUUCAUAGUGGCUGAUGACUUGGGAUGGAAUGAUGUUGGGUUCAGGAACCCAGAGAUGAGAACUCCGAACCUGGAUCGUCUUGCCCAUGAAGGUGUCAUCCUGAACUCCUCCUACGUCCAGCCUGUCUGUUCUCCCUCCAGGAAUUGUUUCAUGUCCGGUUACUUUCCCUACAGGACUGGACUCCAAGAUGGCGUGAUUAAUGUUGAACAGCCGAAGUUCUUGCCACUUAACUUCACUACACUUCCAGAAGAGCUAAACCAACUUGGAUAUGUGAGUCAUAUGGUUGGCAAGUGGCACUUGGGAUAUUGUAACUGGAACUAUACACCAACUUACAGAGGUUUUGGGUCAUUCCUCGGGUACUAUUCAGGAGAAGAAGAUUAUUACACCCACUAUCGUGCAGACUCGUUUCAGUACAAUGGACUGGAUUUCAGAAUGGAUAAGGCACCCCUAAAGACAUAUAGAGGGCAAUAUUCAGCUCAUGUUUUCGCUGAAAGAGCAAUCGACAUCAUCCGUUCACAUAAACAAAAUCAGUCUCUAUUCCUCUAUCUACCAUUCCAGUCUGUGCACCAGCCUCUGCAGGUGCCAGGGGAGUAUGAGGCGAGAUGUGGCCACAUACAAGAUCUUCACAGGAGAAUAUAUUGUGGAAUGGUAAAUGCUUUAGAUGAAGCGGUUGGCAACAUCACUGAUGCUUUGGUUGAGACUGGCUUGAUGGAGAACCUGCUCAUGGUGUUUACUACAGAUAAUGGUGGUCCUACCUACAUUGCAGCGAAUAAUCUCCCACUUCGCGGAGCCAAGACCACACUGUGGGAAGGUGGUACAAAGGGUACGGCGUUCAUUUACAGCAAGAACCUCCUAAAGAAGAAAGGCUAUUUGAACACCGAGAUGAUGCACGCGGUGGACUGGUACCCUACUUUGAUUCAGAUUGCUGGAGGAGAUCUGAGUAAGAUUAUUGACAGAGAUGGAGUUGGCCAGGAAGACAUGCUAUUGAAUGGAGGUCCUAGCAAAAGAGACGGUUUUGUGUAUAACUUUUACAGUGGUCAAAAGGAUCGGAAUGCUUCCGCGAUUCGGUAUGGUCACCUAAAGUUGAUUGAAGGAUCCCCUGGAAAAUACAACGACUGGACACCUCUGCCGAAGACAGGACAAGAACCAAGCGUAAUGGAACAGGAUGAGGAUUUCCCUCCAUAUAUGCUCUUCAAUAUCUCCUCUGAUCCUACAGAGCACUUUGAUCUGUCGGCCAAAUACCCUGAACUUGUGGCAGAGUUGAAGGUUAAAUUGGAAGAAUGGAAAAAACGAGGAGUACCAGCUCAGGAUCCACCAAAAGAUCCUAAGUCAAACCCAGCCAACUUUGGUGGAGUAUGGAGUCCUGGUUGGUGUUAG